AUGUCAUUUCCAGCAAGUCCAAGUAUUAAGUUUCUUGGCUCUACACCAAAUUUUGGAAAUGUUUACCAAUCUUCUUCCAUUGUGGGGAAUCAGCUGGGUGUCGAAGAAGAUUAUCACACUUUUUUCAUCGAUGUGCCAUUUCAGGUAGAAAAUGACGGUAAACCCUGCAGGAAACAAUUGAUAGACAGGAACCUUGACUUGCAUCCUCUGGAAGGGAGUGGUGACAUAAAGAGUAUAAAAAGUAACAUAAACAGAGAAACUAAUUUUCUGCCACUUCAUAUAAAAAGAAAAACUUUAGACGGCAAAAGAACUAGUUCUAGUCCUGUUUCAGAAAAGGGUAGCUCUAGAUAUUUGUCAACAGAGCAUUCUGGAUCAACCUUGGGUGUGGAAAGAGGCCAUGGAAGAAACUUGCUUGCUGAUUCACCAAAGAAACAAACGGCACCAAGUCCUUCUCCUACACCAGCCAGUUCUCCAUUAUCACCAAGUAAUGGUCCAACACCAGCCAGAUCUCCAUUAUCACCAAGUCAUGCACCAACACCAGCCACUUCUCCACCAUCAACACCACCUCCUACUCCCAAAAAAAAGGAUUUACCACUCCCAAAAGAUAUGUUUGCACCAUUUCCACCUCUACCCCCUAUAGCUCGUUCUCCUCCCAAAAAUUCUAAACCUACAGUCCAGACUCCUGCUCCUCCAACAUCUAGCGCUGAUGACAAAAAGAAGAAAACAAUUAUUUUAGCUACCACUUUAUCAGGUGUUGUAAUCUUGAUAGGCUUGUUCCUAUGCUAUCGUGAGACCAAAAAGAAGAGAAGUGAUAGGGAUGACAGGCCUUUGCUCGUAUUAACCUCGGAUGAUUAUACUGGCGGUACAAGGAAGGUUGUUCAAUUAGGAAAUUCUAGAAGGGAUGAAUAUGGCAUUGGCGAUGGAAAGAACCCUUCUCAUGUUAGAAAUUUGUCCAGUAGGAAGGGUGUAGAUGUCAACGUCUCAAUGGUUGACAUAGCAUCAUCAUCAUCAGAAGGCGGAAGAAAACUAACAGUAUCCCCUAGUGUAAAGUCUGACCCUCCUCCUCCUCCUCCUCCCCCACCUCCUCCUUCUUCUUCUUCUUCUCUUCCUCCUCCUCCUCCCCCUCCUCCUCCUCCAUCUUCUUCCUCUUCUUCUACUCCUCCUCCUGGCCGUACUGCUGGACCACCACCACCACCUCCUCCCGCUAAUCGUACACCGCCGCCCCCAAAAGGUGCUCAUGCUCCGCCAGCUCCUCCCAAACCAGUUGGAGGUGCGAAUCAUGGACCACUACUUCCUAAAGAAGGAAGUUCAAAUGACGGCGAUGCUCAAGCUCCAAAACCAAAACUAAAGCCAUUUUUUUGGGAUAAGGUUAAUGCAAAGCCUGGCCAAACAAUGGUGUGGCAUGAGAUCAGUUCGGGAUCAUUCGUGAUCAAUGAGGAAAUGAUGGAGUCUUUAUUUGGCUGCGCCAACCAGAACAAGAAUGAUCGCAAAAGAGAUUCAUCCUUAGAAAAUUCAGUGCAAUAUAUUAAGCUUAUUGAUCCUAGGAAAGCACAGAACUUGUCAAUUCUUUUGCGAGCUCUGAACGUCACAACAGAAGAAGUUGUCGAUGCUCUUGUAGAAGGAAAUGAGAUUCCUAUUGAGCUGAUACAGACGUUGCUGAAGAUGGCACCUACACAAGAUGAGGAACUGAAGCUAAGGCUAUUCACAGGACAACUGCAUGAACUAGGCCCAGCAGAGAGGUUUCUCAAAGUGUUGAUUGAGAUACCAUUCGCUUUCAAACGUCUUGAAUGUCUGUUGUUCAUGCAUAACCUUCAAGAAGAUUUCUCAAGCAUUAAGGAAUCCUUUGCCACGUUAGAGGUGGCAAGCAACGAUCUGAGAAAAAGCAGGCUAUUCCUGAAACUCCUAGAAGCAGUUCUGAAAACCGGCAACCGUAUGAAUGACGGAACCUACCGCGGCCGUGCGCAAGCAUUCAGGCUCGACACCCUCCUCAAACUCUCCGACGUCAAGGGAACAGACGGCAAGACCACGCUCCUGCACUUCGUCGUCGAGGAGAUCAUCCGCUCCGAGGGAAUCCGCGCCGCGCGCAACGAAAGAGCCAGCCGGAGCAUCUCUAGCGUCAACACCAGCGACGAAUCCGACGAGGGCGAGGAGUCCGAGGAGCACUACCGCAGCGUCGGCCUCCAGGUGGUGUCGAGCCUCGGUGCGGAACUCGAGGCCGUGAAGAAGGCGGCGCUGAUAGACGGCGACGCGCUCACCACGACGGUGUCGAAGCUGGGGCACUCGUUGGUGAAGACGCAGAAUUUUCUUGACACGGAAAUGAAGAACAUCGCGGAAGAGAGCGAGUUCCAGAACAGCAUGGAGCAGUUCAUGGUAAACGCGAGGAAGGAGGUGAUGUGGAUGGUGGAGGAGGAGAAGAGGAUAAUGGCGCUGGUUAAGAGCACUGCCGAUUACUUUCACGGCAAUGCCGGGAAGGAUGAAGGUUUACGUUUGUUCCUAAUCGUACGUGAUUUCUUGAUCAUAUUGGACAAGGUUUGCAAAGAAGUGAGGGACACGACCAUGACGCCGGCGAAGGCUCCCACCACUACCAAGAAGAAGCCUAAGACUCCUACGGCUUCUUCCCCUAACGCGCGUAAUCCAGAUUCGCCAAAGCCAUCCACUAAUCUCCACAGUAAGCUCUUUCCUGCCAUUGCUGGGAGGAGAAUGGAUUACUCUAGCUCUGAUAGCUCCGAUGAUGACGACGACUAACUUCCACUUUCAUAUAUUGAUAUGAAUAUGAUCUAAACUCACAUCAAAAUGGCACCAGUUGAAGGAUUUAUUGGUCUUUUCUUUUUAUAUAUUGUGGUGUUGUUUUGUAAAUUGAGCCAUAGAAAAGGGGAGGGUCGAUUUAGCUUUGUGGUUUGUGACUGACUUUGACUACAAAGCCUGUUGUUGUACUGCUUCAUCUCAUGCAAAGUUAAGGAAACAAAGCGUUGUUCAUGGGUUUCGGUAAGCUGCCUCUGAUUAUCUGAAGGGACAUGUGUAUUGAUUAUCGUAGCAUUUCAGUGUGGACUCCUGAUCAAUGCUUAGUAUGGUUUUGUUCUUCGAAGUUCUAAAGUUUUUCUUGUCUAACCUUUUACAUGGA